CUCCGUCGAAUCGGACAAAGGAGAGAGGUUCGUUGUGUGGCUCAGGCUCUCAGUCUCAGACUGGCUUCGUCUCUGCUCCCUAAUCCUUUGAGCGACGCUGCCCAUCUUCCAUCAAUUCACAAUAUCCUUGCACAGUCGAUUAUAAUGCAAAUUCCCCAACUGGUUUGCGUCCAUUGCUUCUUCAACUGAAUCGUAGUGGUUGAUUUUGGCUGAAUGAGCUCCCAUGCCUUUGAUUGCUGAGAUUUCUACUGCUCAGCCUGUUUUCCACAGUUUCCCUCGUACCUCCUAUGCCCAAUCAUGUCUUCAUGUUAAAAAGUCACUUGCGUCACUUACUUCUGGGAAUGAAAAGGAAAAUUAUCCUUCCUGGAAAUCUCUGAUUGUACCGAAACGGGUGAGUUUCACUGUAUGCCAGCCUCAAAUUUGUAGGCGGUGGUUCUUGAUUAGAGCAGUUGCUACUCUUGAACCUAAGCGUGUGGUUCAUGAUGGGAAGGGGGACGUUUCUAUGGGGGGAGGGGCUGAAUUUAAGAAUUCUCAAAUGGGUGCUGCCCCGAGUACUUCAGAUGUUCAGCUUUCCUCGUCCAGUGAAGAUACGGAAGAAAUGGAUGCGCGAGAGAGGUUGAGGCGAGAGAGGAUUUCCAAAGCGAAUAAAGGAAACACGCCGUGGAACAAAGGGAGAAAGCACAGUGCAGAGACCCUUAGACGAAUCAAGGAGCGAACAAGGCUUGCAAUGCAGAAUCCUAAGAUAAAAAUGAAGUUAGUUAAUCUUGGCCGUUCUCAGAGUGAAGAGACGAGGAUGAGAAUUGGCGUUGGAGUGCGAAUGGGGUGGCAAAGACGCCGUAAGAAGCUGAAAUUACAGGAAACUUGCUACUUACAGUGGAAAGAUUUAAUUGCUGAAGCAUCAAGACAAGGCGGUCUGGGUGAGGAAGAGUUGCAGUGGGACUCCUACCAAAUCAUGAAUGAACAACUUAAAAAGGAGUGGCAGGAGAGUGUUGAGCAACGGAAGACAAUGCCCAGGCCGGUUGGCGGCAGGAGGGCACCAAAGUCAGCUGAGCAGAGGAAGAAGAUAUCCGAAUCCAUCUCUGCCAAAUGGGCUGAUUCUGAAUAUCGUGCUCGAGUUUUCUCUGGCCUGGCUAAAUAUCAUGGCACACCAAUUGGAGUCAACAGAAGGCCAAGGAGGAAGCGUAGUGAAAGUACAGAGACCACAAGAAAGAAAGAAAAGAGUGGUGUUAAAUCUCCUGUUGCAGGUGGGUCUAAGAUUGAAAGCCAACGAUUGAGACUCAGGAAAAGCAAAGCACCGCGUUUUAAAGACCCCUUAGCGAGCUCUAAGCUGGAAAUGAUAAAGAGUAUCAGGGCAGAGAGAGCAAUUGCAGAAACUCAAAAAACGGAAGCCAUUGAACGAGCCAGACUCUUGAUUGCUGAAGCUGAGAAAGCCGCCAAGGCCCUUGAGGUGGCUGCUACUAGAAGUUCCAUUGCUCGAGCUUCCCUCUUGGAAACAAGAAAUCUUAUAGCUGAAGCCAAACAAUCAAUUGAAUCCGUAGAAAUAGAGCGAAUGGCAUCCCCGCAGAGCGAAGAACGGAAUGCAGCAGCCUCCUACACCUACGAAGUGGGGGGUACCUCAAAUGAGGAGGGAGACUCAGUUGGCGGAAAAGGGAACCAAAAUGGAGUGGUUCAAACAAUGGCAAAUGGAACCCAGUUGUUUCCAUCGAGCAUAGAUAAGGAUUUUGAUUUUAGCAAGUUAAGUUUACAGGAUAUACUUGGCGGAGAGAAGGAAGUUCCAGCAAGCUCCAAUGGGCAUGGCGCAUGUCAUUCAAGCUUUUCAAGUCUGAGAAACCACCCUAAUGGGAACAAGCCAUCUGACCAUAAACCUUCCUUGAACGGAACAAAACUUCACCACCUGGAAGAGAAACCGGAUUCCCAAGUGAUUAGUGUCACGAAGAAAUGGGUUCGUGGGAGGCUGUUUGAAGUAGGUGAUGGAGGUUGUUAGGCUUGAUGUUUAAUGAAUAUGAAGCGCAUUUUAUUUAUCACAUCUCUGUAUUACAAACUAGCUGAUUCUGUUGAGUUUUUGGAGCAUUCAUCCAUCAUACAUUAUUAGAGCAGCCUUCUGGGUGUUGUUCGAUUUCUUAUGUAAACAAUCUCAACUUUGUUGGCUAUGAAAAUUCUCUUGCUCCCUUCA